UGGUUGAGGGCUCUCGUCCAACUAUAUAGGAAGGUUGGUCAUUUUUUCGGUAAUCGGAUAGGCGAAAAUGACAGUUUUGCAGUAUUAUUAUUAUUAUUAUUAUGGAUCACGUUCGGAGAAUUAGAUAUUUUUGUGGAUUUUUUAAGAACUCAUAACAGCCAAGGGAAUGGGGCAGCAUACUUGGAUGAUGUGGGCUUCUUUGGCUUUUGUUCUCUUUCUCCUCUCCUUCGGUCUCACAGCACCCAUUCUGCUCCUGGCAUAUAUUGCAGCAUUUUGUGGAGGAGCAUUUUUAGUUGUUUACAAGCUACAUGCAGUGAAAGAGUCGGAAGCCGUGUUACAUCGUAUUACACCAGUUACACAAUUACAGAUUGGAUUAUCUGGUAUUCUUCAGGUUGUUGAAAUGGUUAGUAAAUCCGAUCAAGAUUAUAAGUGUGACAAACGCUUGACAGGAUCAAAUAUAAUUGAUGAGCAGUUACAAGAGGUGUUGGAGCUAGCUUUUAGAGAUUAUAUUCACGACUGGUAUUACCAACUUAGUGACCACAAAGAAUUUUUAUACAAUGCCAGACAAACAACGCAGAGUAUUAUUAUCACAUUCGCUAAUAGAUCAAAAAAUGUUGACUGGGUUGAUUACACCACAAGGAAAACAGUAGAUGACUUUGCAUCGCACUUAAGACUUUUCCGCAAAGCUCAAGACAAGCUUAGACGACAGCGGCUUCAAGAAGAUUUCGAAGAUAAAGACAUUAGUAUAGAAGAUAUCUUCUUUGAUUUAGAAUUAGAAAUGGAGAAAGAUCUUUGCAGGGAUCGAAUAUGUACCAAAGAAGAACAUGAAAUAGAAUAUCUUCAAAGUAUCUGUGAGCUUCUUUUAUUCUUACUAUUACCAGCAGAUGACUUUCAUAGUAAACAUUUUAGAUUUAUAAUCCGUGAGCUGGUAGUCUUUGGAGUUAUACGACCUAUUAUAGAGAUGGUUGUUGACCCUGAUUACAUUAAUCAGACUAUAGUGUGGUGGUGUAAAGACAGCACAUUUACAACAGAAGCAUUUCUGACAGUUAUAAAGAUGGCGUCUACCAUUGAUGAACUUCAUGCUGUCAAUCAAAUAUUGGACACAGAAAUUGCAAAACAACGAUCAAAAGAUGCCAAUAAGAAAACAGAUGAUGGCUCUGAAUCAGAUGCCAAGCAGCAGUUAAAUAGUUUACAGUUUGUUAAGAAACUGUGUGUGCUAACUAUUAAACGCAAGAAUGACGGGGAAGACUUUGAGCAAGCCAUGGAGGCGGUUGAGGCACUUUUUAAGGAAGUGAAUGGUGUUGAGAAUGACUACUCAAACUUGUAUUCUUUACCGUUUAACGUCGUCCUUAAUAACAACAUAGCGUUAUCCCAUUUUAUAGAAUUCUUGGGAACAAUUGAUGCCCAGUCCUACCUGCAUUUUUACCUGACUGUUGAAAGCUACCGAGUGACAGCUGAACAAAAGAUCUCUGCCAUCCACUUACAGCGAAAGCAUCCAUCCAAAGCAUCAUCACCUGAGCUAGAAACGUUACGCAAAGAGGCUUGGAGUGUAUUUGAACAGUAUCUGACAGAAGAUUCGCCCCAUCUCAUAAAUUUAGGAGAUGAUACAGUGGUGAAGAGAACCCAUCAAAGAAUCAAACUAGGAGAACCAUCGGAAACAGUGUUUGAUGAAGCUCAGAAAAUUGUACAUAAGAUCCUCCAGGAAGACCAGCAUUAUUUAGCUUUCAAACAGAGUUCAUCCUACCGACGGUGUCUAGCAGAAUUGGACCUUUUGACGCCUAAGACCAACGGCAAGCUCCCUGAUGACGACAACCAGUUUGACUCCUCUCCCGAUAGUAGUAUAGCAGCGUCUUCUGAAGAUCUCUCGUCAUUUGGGAGCACAGAUUCUCUGGACAACUUUUCUAUGGAUUCUGAUCUUUCAGCGGACGCCUCUGUAAAUAUUAACGCUGAAAUAACUGAAGCAAUACCUAGUAAAGACCCAGCAGCAUCAGGGAAAAUGUUUACACUAUAUGUGAUUCGAGUGACACGAACCGACCACAAUGACCACACAGAGAUCUGGGACGUUUACCGUCGAUUCAGCGACUUCCACGAUCUACAUAUGCGCUUAACCGAAAAAUAUGACAACAUUGAUUCACUGCAAUUACCGAGCAAGAGGGCGUUCAUGAACAUGAAUAAAUCAUUUCUUGAUAAACGCAUCAAAUCAUUAACAUCCUAUGUUAAGAAACUGUUAUUAAAUGACAUGUGGCUGAAAUAUCCAGGCAUGUUGAAUAUCAUCUUGAAUUUUCUAGAGCCCGGAGAAUAUUCAAGAGGCAAGAGCAAAUUAGCUCGUAAGAAUCUACCUCCUUCUCUUACGUCUAAUAGAACUAAGUAUUUGAUGGAUCAUAUAGUAAACCCAUUAAAAAAUGUGGCACAUUCGGUGAAGUCAAUGCCCGGUAGUCUGGUAGAUGGGGUGUCAGCAGUAGGGGACAAGAUGUCCGACAGCCUCAAUAAGGUCAUUUUCAGUAAGCCCCAAUUGAAAAGAAUCAAGAAGCCAAGUUUAGCGAGCUUCAGGAACCUCAGUUUCAGACGCAAACAGCAGUUCACACCAAGAAGUCCAUUGAUGGAGACAGGCAAAGUAUCAGAGGUACUUGACAUGGAUGAAACUGAGAAUAUUCCACUUCGUAUUAUGUUGCUGUUAAUGGAUGAAGUUUUUGAUCUGCGUUGCCGGGACCAGUGGUUGCGCCGUCGUGUUGUGGCCUUUUUACGACAGAUCAUUAAGGCCACACUUGGUAACAAAAUCAAUGGAAAAAUUGUUGAGCAAGUGGAGAAUAUAACAUCACCAGAGCAGCUAGCUUACUAUGUGAAGCACUUUAGGGAUUCAUUUUGGCCAAAUGGAAUUCUAGCAGAAGAACAGCCGGAACGGGAUGAACUUACCAAGCUGCGGACAAGAGUUGCUGCCAAAACAAAGCUACUGGGAAACGUACCAGAUGAACUGAAAAACUUUAUUGGAGCGGACACAACAAGACGUGGUAUUUUGCGGAUGUUUGAAAUGUUACAAAAUAAGACAUUUAACAAGCGGUUUGUGUACGUUUGCCUUGAAGGUUACAUAGAAACUGUUUUCCCAGAGAAUAAAUUCCCAGAGACUUUCCGAAAGCUGCACUCUUUAUCCCAGAGAGUGCGAGACAGGCCGAAAGAAACACUGAAACGUAGCGGAUCUGCACGAUCGCGUGGGAACUGGCUGAUGAGGUCAUUCAAGCGCAAACAGGAGGUCAGGUGACGAAAGUGAAUGCUGAUCUUUUUUAAGAACUCGGAUGUAAUCGUUAAAAAAAUUUCUGUACAUUUCACUAGAUGAAGAGAAUUGUAACCAUCGGAGUGGUAAUCAUUUUCUAACUUAUAAUAAAAGAAAAAAUAAGUAGAAACACAAGACAAUGAUAAAAGCAAUAUUGUUUAAGUAAAUUCUGCUGAUGAAAACAAGUAAUCUGAAACAUUGGACAAUACUAAAUACUAUAUCAAUGUCGAUCAUGUUUUAUACAGAAUAUUAACUUAAAAUCAAAUUUUAUUUCGACCAAAUUGUGUUGUAUUAAGAAUUUAGAAAUGAUAUAUUUUAUCAACAUUUUAAAAGAUGUACAACCAAGAGAUACUUAUACAGUAUGUGGCUAUUGUAUUCAUUGAGAUCAUGAGUUUUAAUGGCCUUUUCAAUUUCAAAACAUAUUUACUCAACAUAUGCAGGAUACCAACUCUCCUUCAUCUCAUUGCACACCAGUCCUUUAUCUUUGAUUUCAAAUUAAAUAUUUUUUUAAUCUU